UGUUCACAGUGUUUUUUUUACCAAUUCUUAGUGAAUUUAUUCAUCAUUUCUCAGAGAGUUGCAAACGUGAAUUACAUUUAACGUAUUAACAUAAUUCCCUUGCCGACUUUGACGAAUAACCGCACCAAAAGCUCCAGUGUUGUAUUUAAUAUUGUUUGUUGUUGGGCAAGCAACUACUACAUUUAGUGUGUACCGACACAUUGAAGUUUUGGAUUUUUCGAGAAAAAUAACACAUUAACUAGAUUAAAAGAGCUAUAAGUGGAUUAAGUAAACGUAGAUAUGUCUGAUUGGGAUACUGUUACAGUUUUGCGGAAGAAGGCACCAAAGGCCGGAGCUCUGAAAACUGAGUCGGCCAUUAAUAACGCUCGCCGACAGGGUCAAGCCAUAGAAACCACACAAAAAUAUGGUGCUGGCACCAAUAAACAACACGUAACAACAAAGAACACUGCCAAAUUGGAUCGUGAGACUGAGGAGUUGAAACAUGAUAAGGUUCCCUUGGAAGUGGGUAAAAUUAUAAUGCAAGGACGUCAAGCGAAGGGAUUGAGUCAAAAGGAUCUUGCAACCAAAAUCUGUGAAAAACAACAAAUUGUGACAGACUAUGAAGCUGGACGUGGAAUUCCCAAUAAUAUGAUUUUGGGUAAAAUUGAACGUGUGAUUGGUAUCAAAUUGCGAGGAAAAGAUCGCGGCCAACCUUUGGCGCCUCCCGGUAAAAAGUGAGAAAGUGCAACCACCGCUGCUAACGCAGGCGGCGGCGGUAAUAGUGGUGGGAGUGGCGUUGCUGUUGUUGCCAAAACUAAAACCAAAUCAAAUGAUAUGGCGAAUAAGCCGCAACAACACGCAGCGUCAAAUAACAAUUCACAUUCUCACAAUACUACUACUUCUGCUAACAGCAGCCACAAGCGCAAAUAACUUAUCGGGAGGCCGAGACGGAGACUUCUACCAACAAUUAUUGGAUGAUGGAUAGUGAAUGCUAAGUUUGAAUCUUUAAGUGAAUUAGAAAUACGAUUUUAAAGGUCACUAUUUUACCAUUAAAGCUUGUUUAGAUUUGUUUUAUUAAAUUUUUUUGUUUGAAUAAAAAAAAACAGCCAUGCUUUCUUAUCGUGCAAACACAUACCGAAUCAGAAUCAGAAUCAUCAGCAUAAGAAUUAAGAACAAGACAGAUAAUGAAAUAUGAAACAUUUCUAUAGAUUAUAUUUCUUGGAGUUUAAAACAAAAUGUACGUACACCCAAAUAUAUAAAAUACCUGCUUAUUACAAUAUUAUUAAAAAAAUACACUACACUCUUGAUUCCAAAGGAUCUUAACUAUCAAUGUGUAACAACAACAAAAACUUUGUCCAAAUUCAUCAUCAACCAAACAAAAAUAAUAAACCUUAAAUUAAUUAA